GUGACGAUGACGGGCAGGUGGAGCAGGGGAGUGCCCAACCCGUGACGGCACAAUCGAUGGGGGAGCAUGGCGAUGUGCUCAGCCGAGGUGGAGCGGGUGAGACGGUGACAGGGCGCCCUGCAAAUGGUCGCCCGCCACCUCAAAAGAAGCAAAAGGUGCCAUGGACGUUGGGUGAGCGGGUAAAGCUUGCACUUUUGAUGAGUGAGGAUGAUGCUCUUAUGGCGGAUGCUCAUGGCCAACACCAUUUCAAGCAGAAGAAGGAGCGGUAUGAAUGGGUGAAGGACAUGAUAAAGGACGCCGACUUCAAACACCGGAGCGCAGAAGAUUGCCGCAAAAAGUGGUUAAACGUGCUGCAGACGGCGAAACUCAUCGUUGAAAAGUGUGAAGCAUCUGGUCAGCCGUCGUAUUGGGAUUUGUCUGUGGAGGAGCGAAAGGAGAAGAGUCUCCCACUUUCGUUUGAGAAGGCAUUGUGGGACGCUAUGCAGCGGCAGCUAAAUCGGUCGUGGAUGAAGUGCGACAGUACGCUGGCUUCGGAGAACCUCACGGCGGGGAGUGCAGAUGCAUCGCCGAGUGGAGGAUCAGAGGAGAGAUGUGCCCAGGACUCCGACAAUGCUGCGAAGAAGAGGUGGCCAGCCAGCGGGAAGACGGGGAAGGAAGAGGCGAGUAGUAGUGUGAGCCCGUUGGGGAGCGCCAUGGAAGAUUCGACUCGCUCUUACUGUGAUGGCCUGGAUAAAGCGGCCAGCACUCUAGCCAAAGCCACCGCAGACACUGGCACUGCAAUCGCUCUUCCGAUAGGAGAUGUGGCUGAAGCGAUGCGGGGUGGCAACACGGUCCUGGAAUUGCUGGUGGGGGUUCUCGCCCGCCGGGGGGCGAACGAAGGUCCUGGUGGUGAAGGUGGGCGGGAAACUGACCCAUGAUCACGGUGAUGUAUCUAUAUAUAUAUAUAUAUAUAUAUAUAUAUAUAUGUAUAUAUGUAUGGACCCGCAUCG